GGAAAAUAUUAGAAUCCCUUCAAUCCACUUUCGAAGCAGUUUGUGCGAGUUAAUCGAUCAAAAAUGCCGACGCGUUGUAUCCAAUCUGUAGGAACGGAUAAGAGUAUCGUGAUUAGUGGAAUAUCCGGCCGUUUUCCGCGGGCUAAUAAUGUGCGUGAAUUUGCGAGCAGCCUGUACGGGAAGCAGGAUCUUGUGGACGACCUGGAGACUCGUUGGCAACAUACGAUGCAGGAUGUUCCACGACGUACCGGGAAGGUCGGGAACAUGCAAAACUUUGAUGCGGACUUCUUCGGAGUAAGUCGAAUUGAGCGGGAUACGAUGGACCCACAACUGCGUAUGACAAUCGAGCAUGUCUACGAAGCUAUUCUCGAUGCUGGAGUGAAUCCUCAAACAUUACGGGGCUCACGAACAGGAGUGUUCAGUGGAGUGUGUUUCUCGGAAACUGAAGUAUGCAUGUACUAUAGAGCACGCCCUCCCAAGGGACUCGGUUUGUUGGGGUGUGCCAAGUCGCAGAUUCCCAAUCGUGUUUCGUACUUGCUAGAUCUGAGAGGACCUAGCUAUGUGCUGGAUACUGCUUGUAGUAGCUCAAUGUACGCCUUGGACGUUGCUUACCGAAGUAUGAUGAACGGCGAAUGCGAUGCGGCAAUUGUUACGGGAGCAAAUCUAACAUUGCAUCCCUUCAUUACGUACCAGUUUGCAAUGUUGGGAGUCUUGGCAAAGGACGGAUAUUGUCGGCCUUUCGAUAAGGACGCAACGGGAUACACUCGGUCAGAAGCCGUUUGCGCUGUAUUUUUACAGAAAGCAAAAGAUGCGAAGCGUGUUUAUGGUCACAUAAUUCACUCAAAGACGAAUUGUGAUGGAUUUAAACCGGAAGGAAUAACUUAUCCUUCAGGAUCAGUACAACAACAGUUGUUAACUGAGUUCUACAACGAGGUAGGGAUAAGUCCUACAGAGGUCGACUAUGUAGAAGCACAUAGUACUGGAACGUUUGUAGGAGAUCCAGAAGAAUGUGACGCUAUAGAUAAAGUGUAUUGUUCCGGGCGAACCGAUCCUCUGCUUGUAGGGUCUGUAAAAUCCAGCAUUGGCCAUACGGAAGCUUCAGCAGGAGUAUGCUCCAUCACAAAAUGCAUUAUCGCCAUGGAGAAUGGCCUUAUUCCUCCAAACAUCAAUUAUACUGAUUACAGGCCUACGAUUCCGUCUUUGGUUGAAGGUCGUUUGAAGGUUGUUACAGAUGCAAUGCCACUUUCGGGCCCAUUGGUUGGUAUCAACUCGUUUGGAUUCGGAGGAGCAAAUGCUCAUGCUUUGUUAUGUCGCAAUUUGAAAGAGAAAGUUAAGAAUGGCGUUCCAGACGAUGAUCUUCCAAGGUUGGUCACAUGGUCAGGAAGAACCAGAGAAUCUAUUGAAACUAUGCUUCAUGACAUUGGUCAGCGUCCCUUGGAUGUUGAAUUCAUUGCUCUUCUGUUUAACAUUCAGCAGCAGCCUACUCCUGGUCAUCGGUAUCGAGGAUUUGGUAUUUAUCAGAAGAAUGGAGAUCGUCCAGCUGUACUACAAACAUCAUCCAUCGAUCGAGUGAAGCUUGAUGCCAUCCCAGUCGUUGCUGUUUUCGGAGGAAUUAACACAAACUGGAGAAAAGAAUUAGAUGCUCUGCGCCAAUUCUCCGUAGUAGAAGACACAUUUGCUAAAUGCAGCGGAAUUCUGCGGUCGCUGAAGUUCGAUUUGCACAAAAAACCAUCAGGAAGAGAAAGCAUAUUGUACAAUAUGGUUGGAGCGACCAUUCUUCAGUUGUCUAUCGUUGAUUUGCUGAGCUCGAUUGGAGUGAAGUUUGACUUCUAUGGAGGUCAUUCCAUUGGCCAAUUCACUUGUGCAUACAUUGACCACAAUUUGAACCUAGAACAAGUUCUUCGCUUAGCUUUCUGGCAUGGAUUAGUGUUUUCUGAUUGUCAUGCGGUUUGUGAUCGCACUGCGUUUGUACAAAUCAAUUCAAUGCUGAAUCAGCUUCCAUUGAAAAACUUUUUCAAGGAUAGUGCAACCACCUUUGGAAUUUUGACCGCAAAUGAGAAAAUUUUGAUGGAACAGGUUCGUCAAUUGAAAUCGUCCGGCUUUGCAGCUGAAGAGUUGUCGUUUUUGGAUGUGCAUGCAGACUCAACGAAAAGUUCAUCGCUUGCAAAUAAACUUCGACAAACCGUCAAUACCGUUUUGAGCAGAAUCAUUUUGCCCAGUGAUAAAUGGAUUACUUCAGCAUUGCCUCAUACAUCUUCUAUAUUCCAUUCAUCGAAACUGCACGAUGUUACAUCCAUAGUAAAUUUGAUCGAGAAAAUUCCGCAUCAUUCACAAGUCGUAGAGUUCGGUAGCUCAAAAUCGUGUGAGAAUGUACUUCGUUUGUUAAAUCAUAAUUCGAGUUACAUUCCUUCAGGAUCUACAGCAUCUGAUACUAUUAGUCAAUUGUUGUGUCAAAUAGGACAUUUAUACAUGACAUCUCAGAACUUGAAUAUUGCUAAACUCUACCCGGAGGUUCAAUUUCCAGUGUCUCGGGGAACUCCGAUGAUUGCGCCGUUGAUCCGUUGGGACCACCGAGAAGAUGCUUUUGUAGUUAAAUAUACUUGGGAAGAGAGUUCGAAGUCCAACAUGUUGCGAUUCAAGAUUUCCCUAUCCAGUCAAGAAUACAAACAUAUUGUUGGCCAUUGCAUUGAUGGUCGGAUAUUGUUUCCCGCUACUGGAUAUUUACAACUGGUUUGGGAGCUUUUGGCUUACAUAGGCAACAGGGAUCUUGUUGACUAUCCAAUUGAAUUCGAGGACAUUCGAUAUCUGAGAGCCACCACUCUAACGAAAGGACAAACUGUAGAAUUGCUGAUCACUAUUCAGGAGAUUUCUGGUCGUUUUGAGAUUUCGGAAGGAGAUACCGUAGUUGUGACAGGAAUCGCUAGAAUGUUGGGUGAUGCAAAUCAUCCAAAAAUUCAAGAAGUAUCGUCUUCAGCUAUAACAUUGAAAACAAGAGACUUUUAUAAAGAGCUUCGUUUACGAGGAUACUACUACACAGGUCUAUUUAAAUCGGUGAUGGAGGCGAAAACUGACGGAACCAUGGCAAAAAUUCAAUGGAAGGGUAAUUGGAUGGCUUUUCUUGAUUGUCUGCUACAGACGGGGAUUAUUGCGAUUGACACUAGAUCAUUGAUGGUUCCUACGGCAAUUGAAAAGCUUUCCAUUGCACCAAAAGCGCAUUUGGCAAUGAUGGAACGCGAGGGAGAAGAUUGUGAGUUCUUCACGAUGAAGAGCUGUCCUAAAACCAACGUUUUGGUUUGUGGCGGCAUUAUGCUUUGCAACCCUCGAGCCAGCAGCGUAGGGCGUAGAAACCCUCCAGGUAUUCCAGUUCUAGAAACUUAUCAAUUUGUACCGUAUCACACCGAUGAUCAGGUUUCGACUCUGGAAGCAAUUAGAAUUUGCGUUCAGCUUGCGCUAGAAAAUGUCCCUACUCUAUCAAUCAAUGUGACAGAAAUUCACAGCGAGAGGAUUCCGGUUGUCGCACAUUUGUUUGGAGAAGCAAUUGCCGAUCUUCCAUUGGUUAAAGCCAAUCUGAUGGUUCUGGCUAAAACAGAAAUUGAGUUGGAAUAUGUGACUGUCAAAGUGGAAAAGCUAUCUGAUCAAUCAAAUCUACUGUUUCUGAUCACUGACAGCAAUUGGAGUGAGCCGAACUUCCUACAAGACGCUGUUGGUCGUCUCGUAGAUGGAGGAUUCAUCAUUGUUCGUGAGAAGUUAACCUUCAAGUUAGAUGACCUAGAUGUACCAGAAGAACUGAACAUGGUGGCCUCAUUUAGAGUCGAUCAAGAGGAGACAUUUAUUUGUCUGCAACGUAAAAUCAAGGGAUUCAAUGAUACUCCGGCAGUUAUCCAGGUUGAUUCAUCCGACCUUAGUUGGCUAGCUGUUUUAAAACAGGCUGUUAAAGUCCGACCUGUGAUCCUAUUCUCACAGAAUGACUCAGUUUCCGGAGUUAUCGGUUUGGUGAAUUGUAUUCGCAAAGAACCCAAAAUGCAAACAGUACGAUGCGUACUUAUUGAUGACCAUAAUGCUCCAGAAUUCUCUCUCAGUGAUCCUUUCUACAAGAACCAGUUAGAGCUCGGAAUGGCAAUUAACGUAUUGCGAAACGGAGUGUGGGGUAGCUAUCGCCAUGCCUUAAUAUCGAAGAAACCAAAAACGGAGCCUGUAUCCAAGCAUUGCUACGCAAACAGCCUGACAAAAGGUGAUUUGUCUUCGAUGAUGUGGUUCACGGGAGCCUUCAACGAGUGGGAUGUUGUACCAAAUAAGGUAAAAGUUUCGUACUGCACUUUAAAUUUCCGUGAUGUGAUGGUUGCUACUGGAAGAUUGUCAUCGGACGUGAGUUCAUUCAGCCGACUGGAAGAAGAAUGUGAGCUUGGUUAUGAAUACGCUGGCGUUACGGAAGAUGGAAGACGGGUGAUAGGAGUCGUGCCUUCAGGAGCUCUAUCUACAAUGGUUGAUGCUGAUCCUUCACUCGCUUGGACUAUACCAGACAGUUGGAGUUUACAGGAUGCUUGUACUAUUCCUAUUGUAUACAAUACGGUUUUAACAGCAUUUAAUAUAAGCGCUAAUGUGAAGAAAGGGCAGUCGGUUUUGAUCCAUGCAGGAAGUGGAGGCAUCGGAUUGGCUGCAAUAAAUAUUGCACUUGCCUAUGGAAUGGAAGUAUUCACUACUGUUGGAUCCGACGAGAAGGUCAGUUAUCUGUUGAACGAAUAUCCAUCUCUUAAACGAGAAAACAUAGGAAAUUCGAGAGAUUUGUCUUUCGAACAAAUGAUCAAGCUGAGAACCAAUGGAAGAGGGGUAGACUACGUGUUGAACUCGUUAGCUGAAGAAAAACUGCAAGCAUCUGUGAGAUGCUUAGCGAAGGGUGGACAUUUUCUAGAAAUCGGAAAAUAUGAUAUGGCAAGAGAUUCGCAACUGUCAUUGGAGCUCUUUAAAAAGGGAAUAUCAUUCACAAGUGUGAUGUUGGAUUCGGCAAUCAGAGAUAAACGUAAUCUUAAGUUGAGCUUACAUAAACUAUUGAAUGACGCAAUCAAGUCUGGUAUCGUGAAACCACUGAAAACCAACGUUUUCGAUGCUGCUGAUUUGGAGAAGGCAAUGAGAUUUUUGGCGAGUGGAAAACAUAUGGGCAAAAUAGUGAUCAAAGUACGAGAGAAUGAGAACGACGCUGAAACACUUCCAAUCACAUACUUUCCACACGUUUUCUGUAAUCCAGAUCAAGUUUACGUAAUCGUUGGAGGCUUAGGAGGAUUUGGUUUGGAAUUGGCGGAUUGGCUUAUCCUUCGUGGUUGCAGAAAGUUGGUACUCAGCUCUAGUCGAGGUAUCACCAAGCCUUAUCAAGAAUACAGAAUUAAAAUAUGGAAUAGUUAUGGCGUUCAUACUCAUAUCUGUACUGCCGAUGUUACCACAAUGGACGGUUGUCGUGUCCUCUUGAAAGAAGCUUCUCGGUUCGGUUCCGUAACGGCUGUCUACAACUUAGCAGUGCAGCUUCGAGAUGCCAUAUUGGAGAAUCAAACUGUGGAGAAGUUCGUGGAGUGUAUGGCUCCUAAGGCUACGGCAACUGAAUACCUUGACAAGGUCAGUCGUGAGAUGUGUCCUCAUCUGAAGCACUUCAUAGUGUUCUCCAGUGUUUCCUGUGGUCGCGGUAACGCAGGACAGAGCAACUAUGGUAUGGCAAACUCUGUGAUGGAGCGUAUAAUUGAACGGAGAAACACGGACGGCCUUCCCGCAAAGGCGAUUCAAUGGGGAGCUAUCGGUGAGGUUGGACUUGUAGCAGAUAUGGCAGAAGAUAAGAUCGAUUUGGAGAUCGGAGGAACGUUGCAACAGCGCAUAUCAUCAUGUCUUCAUGAGAUGGAUUACUUGCUGACAUGUGAAGCUCCUCUUGUGGCCAGUAUGGUAGUGGCAGAAAAACGAACUGCAAGCGGAUCAAAGAAUGUCAUCGAAGCUGUCAUGAACAUAAUGAGUAUAAGAGAUCUGAAAUCGGUGUCGAUGGAGAGUACUUUGGCCGAUAUUGGAAUGGAUUCUUUGAUGGCAGUAGAAAUCAAACAGGUACUGGAAAGAGACUUCGACAUGGUAUUGUCACCGCAAGAUUUGAGAACAUUAUCCUUUGCCAAGUUGUUGAAAAUGGAUGAGGAGAAAAAGCAAGCUGCAAAAGAUCAGGAGGAAAAGAAGAGUGAAGGCUUUGUGAUUGGAAUGCAAAUGCUGUUGAGAAAUCUUGGCAACGAAGAAACGAGUGAAUCGACACUGUUGCAUUUACCUUCUGCUGGCCAAGAAGGCCGUCCACUAUUGCUCAUUCCAGGUGUUGAAGGUGUGGCCGGUAAUGUUUGGAAAGCUAUUGCUGCACAGAUAAAGUCUCCUGUCUACAUGCUCCAGCUAUCGAGCACUUUAGAUUGUGAUAGCAUCCCAGAUAUUAUAGAACGUGUCAUAGAUGAGAUCUGUGAAACAAUGUUCAAUGGUUUUGAAGAUAUUACAAUAGUUGCUUAUUCAUUUGGAGCUCUGAUUGCAAUCGAAAUAGCUCGAUAUUUACAGGCAAAAGGUAUUCGCGGAGAACUUCUACUAUUGGAUGGUGCACCGAAGUACUUGAAGCAAUGGUCACUGAAACAGCUGAAUAAUAAUCCAUCGGAUGGAGAAAUACAGAAGCUCAUAUUACUUGUCUUGAUCGCCAUGGUGUUCCCAGAUCAGCCACCCGAGAAAGCCAUGGCCAUAUUGGAGAUUACGUCAUUCGACGACCAAAUUGAGAAACUCAUUGAAUUGGGAGCAGAGCAGAGCGAAUAUUCCCCAGAGUACACAAGAAAGAUGACGAAAGCCCUUUGCAGGAGAAUAAAAAUGGCAGCUCUGAUGUACCUGGACGAAGAUCAACCGUUAGACCUUCCAAUAACGCUGGUGCGGCCAACCGAUGCCGUUUUCUCGGAUAUUGAGGAUGACUACGGGCUUUCUAGUUAUACCACAGGAGCUAUAACACUGCGAAUGGUCGAAGGCAAUCAUGUAUCUAUGUUGGAAAAUGCUGAUCUUGUGGAAAUGAUCAAUAACUUUUGUGUUUAGUUACCGUUAGAAUAUUUUGAAUUCGUCAUUAAUAUUGUUAUCUUAAAUAAAGCACAUUUAUGUUUACCGAUCUUUA